UUAAUAAUGAUAAAAAUUAAAGAAAAACAAUUAAAACCCUAAAUUUACGCUCUCUGCUGUUCUUCCUAUUUCCAUUUUAUGCCGUUGAUCUUAUCGGAGCCGAAAUCACCGCCGUCUGAUCAUGUGAGCUGAUACUUGCGUUAUAGUUUUUUCAUAUAUGCUCAAGCUUGGGCUUUGAGCAUUUCUGCUAACAAUUAAGAAGGUUUCAAGCAGCACCAUUGCUUUCGUUACUAGAACUGCGUAGACCAAAAGGGGUUUCAUUUUGAGACGUUAUUUGUUGUAUGAAUCUGUACCAGAUCUUCAAGGGCGGGGCGGGGCGGGGUCAUAGUUACCAUUUGAUCAAAACAAUUAACUCUGAUGUCUGUUUCGGACAAGCCAUCACCAAGUUCAUCAAUUUCUUCUGCUUCAACGUCUGUUUCAGUUAGAGAAAUUGAUCCAUUAUUGAAGGAUUUAAAUGAGAAGAAGCAGAGUUUUAGGCGGAACGUGGUUUCAUUAGCUGCAGAGUUAAAGGAGGUUCGUAGCCGCCUUGCAUGUCAAGAGCAAUCAUUCGCUAAAGAGACGCUAACAAGGCAGGAAGCAGAGAAUAAGGCAAAAACCAUGGAAGAAGAAAUUCGAAUAUUACAAAAGAGAUUGGAGGAGAGAAAUGGCCAACUUCAGGCUUCAGCUGAUAAGUACGUCAGUGAGUUGGAUGGCCUUAGAUCUCAGCUUGCUGCCACUCAAGCAACUGCAGAUGCAAGUGCUGCAUCAGCUCAAUCAGCUCAGCUUCAGUGUUUAGCACUGAUACAGGAAUUAGAUAUGAAGAACAGUUCAUUGAAAGAGCAUGAGGAUCGUGUAACUAAGCUAGGAGAGCAGUUGGAGAAUUUACAAAAAGAUCUUCAGGCAAGGGAAUCCUCCCAAAAGCAACUGAAAGAAGAAGUUCUUAGAAUUGAGCAAGACAUUAUGCAAGCUAUUGCCGUGACUGGAGCUGGAAAAGAUUGUGAACUCAGGAAAUUGCUAGAUGAGGUUUCACCAAAAAAUUUUGAGAAAAUCAACAGACUCUUGGUUGUUAAAGAUGAAGAAAUAGCCAAAUUGAAAGAUGAAAUAAGAAUUAUGUCUGCCCACUGGAAGUACAAAACCAAUGAAUUGGAAACACAGUUAGAAAAGCAGCGGCGAGCUGAUCAGGAGCUGAAAAAGAGGGUAUUGAAGCUGGAAUUUUGCCUUCAGGAAGCUCGUUCUCAGACACGAAAGCUCCAAAGGAUGGGAGAGCGACGGGACAAAGCUCUGAAAGAACUCAGAGAACAGUUAGCAUCAAAACAACAGCCUCUGGCUGUAGGUAAUAAUGAAAAACAAAAUUUUUGGGAAAGUUCUGGAUUCAAGAUUGUAGCUUCCAUGUCAAUGUUGAUAUUAGUGGUAUUCUCAAGGCGAUGAAAUGAUCCAAGUUUCCAAGUUUCCCCAAUUGUUGUGUAUAAAUAUCCUACUACUUGAGCUUAGGGCAGUAGCAGAGGCCAUUUUAGUCCUACAAAUUCCCAUACUGGAGAUUCUCUUUCAAAUUAGCUGUAGUAAAAGAUGCCUCUUUUUGGUGCUCCUGUUAUUAGAAUCUGGAAAUAUAUGGAAUAUAUGCUGGCAACGUAGCCACCA